AUGAAUCUUAGCUUAUUAGAUCCAUUUAGAAUAGGAGAUGUACCAGAGUCAAUAGAAGAUUAUCUAGUGGAUCAUGUCGAAUCAAAAGCAAACUGUUUACAGUUCAAUAGAAGAGGUUUACUGUUGGCUGUCGGUAAUCAAUCCGGUGUUGUAGUAAUAUGGGAUUUCGAUACAAAAUCAAUAUCUAAACAAUUGAAAGCUCAUAAACAAUGUGUAAAUUCUGUUGGAUGGACAAGAAACGGUAAAAGAAUACUUAGUUGUAGUACCGAUGGAUCAUUGAUAUUAUGGAACCUAAUAGAUGACUCAAUAGAAACAAAGAUUGAUUUCGAAUCACCGGUACUCUUCUCUCAACUUCACCCAAGAAAUAGUGAUCUGUGUAUAGUUUGUCCGGCAGGAUCACCACCUCUGCUGAUAGAACUGUCGACCAAGAAACAAACAAAGAUAUGUGCAAUGCCAGAUCCAAAUGAACCAGUUCAUAGCAAGACAAAGUCGGUAGAAUACAAUAUGAUUGCAUCGUUUACAAGAAAAGGAGAGAAGAUCGUUGUCGGCGAUUGGCGUGGACAGAUCACCAUUAUAGAUUCAAAGAGCAUGGAAGUGGAACGAACGUUUAAACUGCCGACAGCAGCCGGCGUCAAGGAGUUUCAGUUUAUGUACACCGCACGUUGGAGUGACUUUGCACCAGACUUUACAGAGCUGGACGAGAACGAAGAGUACAUAGAGCGAGAGGAUGAAUUCGAUGCCGAUUUCGAAGAUGCCAAAGACAAGAAAGAUAGAGAAGCACAAGAGAAACUAAACAAAGAAAAAGAAAAGGAAAAAGAAAAAGAUGCAAACUCAAUGCAAAUCGAUAACAAAGAUAAUAAUAAGAAUAAGGAAAUUGAUAUAAUAGAUAUUAUGACAACAGAUAAGAUUUCGGAAUUCAGUAGCGAUGAAGAAGAAGAUGUUUAUAUUUAUCCAACAGUACCGGAAAGAGAUAACAGUAGUUUCAUACAUGCAAACACUGUUAAUACUCAAAAUAUAGAUAAUAAUGAAAAUAUAACAAUAAACGAAUCAUAA